ACUUGAUUCAUGGUGGAGUGAAGCUGCUCUAUAAAUAUGCUCCACCGACGCAAAAGGAAGAUAUACCUUCCAUUCAUAUCAUUAGAAAACAGAGUGUGAUAUGGCGACGUCGCAAAGCUCAUGGCUCCUCAGACAUGCUUGCCCACUAGCGAUGCCAUGGACAAGAACAGGGAAUAAUAUAGGCCUCCAAGUGACCAACAUCACCUACUGGAGAUGCAGUAGGGCGAAUGGAGGAAGAAUCAUGGCGGGUAUGACUAUGAGCACCGCCAACUGCUUGGCACAACCUGCGCAACUCCAAGGUGAAGCGGUCCAAGUUAGUAAGAGAAGCACGCGCACUGGCCGGGGCGCCGCCGUUGCGGCUAGGCACGAGGAGGAGGGCACCGACGAUGAAUGGCUCAUGUACCUGGAGCCGGCGAAGCUAGAGGUGUUCGAUCAUCUGGAGCCUUGGGCGGAGGCGAAUGUGGUGCCGCUCCUUAAGCCCGCGGAGGUGGCGUGGCAGCCGACGGACUUGCUGCCGGACCUGGCGUCGCUGGGCGCCGAUGGCUUCCACGCGGCGUGCUGCGACAUCCGCGCCCGCGCGGCCGGCCUGCCCGACGCGCACCUCGUGUGCCUCGUGGGGAACAUGGUGACGGAGGAGGCGCUGCCGACUUACCAGAGUAUACCCAACCGCUUCGAGGCCGUGCGCGACCUCACAGGCUCCAGCGGUACCGCCUGGGCGCGCUGGAUCCGUGGCUGGUCCGCCGAGGAGAAUCGCCACGGGGACGUGCUCAACAAGUACCUCUUCCUCUCCGGCCGCGUUGACAUGCGGCAGGUCGAGAGGACCAUCCACAACCUCAUCCAGUCCGGCAUGGUCAUGAACGCCGCGCGGAGCCCCUACCACGGCUUCAUCUACGUCGCCUUCCAGGAGCGCGCCACCUCCAUCUCCCAUGGCAACACGGCGCGGCGCGCCAAGGAGCAUGGCGACCUGUCGCUCGCGCGUAUAUGCGGCGCCAUCGCCGCCGACGAGAAGCGCCACGAGCUGGCCUACACGCGCAUCGUGGGGAAGCUGUUCGAGAUCGAUCCGGACGGCGCCGUGCGCGCGCUCGCAUACAUGAUGCGUCGUCGGAUCGUCAUGCCGGCGUCCCUUAUGACCGACGGCCGCGAUAGCGACCUCUUCAGCCAAUACGGGGCGGUGGCGCAGCAGGCCGGCAUUUACACUGCCUCCGACUACCGUAGCAUUUUGGAGCAUCUCAUAAAUCAGUGGGGAGUGGAAGAGCUGGUGGCCACCGGGCUCUCCGACGAGGGUAGGCGUGCGCGGGACUAUGUGUGCGCACUCCCACGAAAAAUCCGAAGGUUGGAGCAGAAGGCCCACGAACGUAAUGACAAGAAGGCCCGGCCCACAGCAUCCAUCCCAUUUAGCUGGAUCUUUGAUAGGCCCGUCAACAUCACCAUGGCCUAAUAAAAUUAUCUCUUACCCUUAAAA